AUGAGUCUUCCCAGGUCUACCGGCACCGCUAACCGGAUCAGCGGUGGUGGCCUUUCCGCCUCGUUUCGAGCUUCUUCCCCGCUCGCCGAAGCUCUCGCCCGCGACAUUGCAGAGUGCUCAGAUGACGACGUCGAGCAGAAUGCCGUCGAAGAAGGUGUCGUCGGCAGCUACGACCACACUUAUGGCAGCCGCAGUAAUACCAUGUAUCGCCGCCCCUCCGGUGUUGCCUACGGCGCGUCUCGUCCCGUCUUCGAUCACCGUAGCACCGACGAGCCCGCCAUGACCCCGCUAGAGCGCAAGCAAUCUCGCCAUGCCGAACGCAGUCUCCUCCGCGACAACCAUAUCCUACCACCCAAACACCAGCGUCACAGCCACGGGUUCCUCGCCCGCUUAUACCGUCGACUGUUCAGCACCAAGAUAGACGCCGAUGGGGAGCAUCCCAACGGCCCAAUCGCCAGGCGCCCUGGUCAAGAUGAGACCGCGCCUCUGCUACAUGACCAUCGUGGCGAUAUCACACCUACCGACAGCGACAGCGGCGACGUGGAGCAGCAAUGGAUAGACGCUGUUGCCAGCGGCCGCAUCCGCACCACUUGGCAACGCGAGACCCAGACCGUCAUAACCUACUGUAUCCCCCUCAUCACAACAUUUGUUCUGCAGUACUCGAUCAACGUUGCUAGUAUCUUUGCAGUCGGCCGAAUCGGCAAGAUGGAGCUCGGCGCUGUUUCUUCUUAUGGUUCUGGCCACAAGCACCUCGUCGGCCUCCAGUGCCAGCGCAUGGCUCUCUUCUUGCUCUCCUUGUCCGCCCCGGUCAUUGUAAUCUGGUGCUUCUCAGAGGAAAUCUUGGUGCACCUCGUCCCAGAAGCCGAGACGGCUCGCCUAGCUUCCCUGUAUCUCAAAGUCUGUAUUGCUAGCAUACCCGGUGUGAUCCUAUUCGAGUGCGGGAAGCGCUUUACUCAGGCACAGGGGCUAUUCCGUGCCACGACCUAUGUCCUCCUCAUCGCUGCGCCUUUCAACAUCUUUAUUAACUGGCUGCUCGUCUGGAAGCUGGAAUAUGGCUUCAUUGGUGCCCCAAUUGCUGUGGCCAUCACGGAGAAUCUACUCCCUGUGCUGCUCUUCCUCUAUAUACGCUUCGUGGACGGUCGUCAGUGCUGGGGUGGUUUCAGCCGUCGAGCACUUUCCAACUGGGGGGUCAUGAUCAAGCUUGCCCUGCCCGGCAUGAUUAUGAUUGAGGCCGAAUGGCUGGCUUUUGAAUUCAUGACACUCUUUGCCAGUCGCUUUGGAUCGGAAUACCUGGCCGCUCAGAGCGUCCUCGGCACCCUCACAACCAUCUCGUAUCAAAUCCCUUUCCCCAUGUCCAUUGCCGCCUCGACCCGCGUGGCCAACCUCAUUGGUGCCGGCCUCGUCGACGCCGCCAAAAUCACUGCUAAAGUCACGUUCUGGCUCGCCGCCUCCAUUAGCAUCUUCAACUUUUCCGUAUUUGUUGUCUUCCGCUAUCACCUCCCCCUACUCUUCACCAACGACGAAGAUGUCAUUGCGCUAGUUGCUCAGGUCAUACCCGCAGUGGCCGUCAUGCAAGUCUUUGACGGCCUCAGCGCGGGUGCCCACGGAUUGCUACGCGGUAUCGGUAAGCAGGCCAUAGGAGGCCCCAUUAACCUUGUCGCGUACUACCUCGUCUCCCUGCCGCUGUCCAUUGGCCUGGCCUUUGGCGCCGGUCUAAAGCUGGAGGGUCUGUGGAUCGGUGUCACCGCUGGCCUGAUGAUUGUCUCCUCCAUUGAGUACGUCUACCUCUGGAAGACAGACUGGAGCAAGGCCGCCGAUGAGGCCGCGGACAGAAACGCCACCGGGUAA